AUGAUUCAGAAGGAGACUGCUUUCGCCACUCUUGUGGUGUCGAUUGCUUUCGCUACUAACAUCGAGUUGCAGACGGGGUGGACGACCACGAAGGUUACCUCGAUACUAAAGCACCAACUAUGGCCGCAGCUCUGGAACGUGUAUCUAACAUUCGUGCUGAGAUUUCUUCUGGGACCGCUCCAAGUCUACCUGCGUGGACCAGGCCUGCGAGCACUGCUGACGUCGAUUGCUUCUUUCGGCACAAUAACGCCGUACGAGUGGCUAUGUGCGCAUGGCAGUUUGCGGGUUUGGGCCCUCGAGAACAUCGAGGAAAAUGUAGACCUACCCGAUGUGCCCAGGAUAGUCGAAUUCCUGAUUGUGGGCGCUCUCAAACUGGCUGUGGACUUCCUACUAAUACUAGGUCUCACGCUGGGUCGGUUUUUCAUCAUCCAUAAGGCCAUCAUGGAGCUUUUCAAACCAGCGCUACCCCCUAGUCUCAAUGGGGCCCUGCUGAAUAUGAAGCCUUCAACGGAGAUGGGAUUCUUCUUGGACAACCUCGAAGCCACCGUCACAGAAAUCGACUGGCAUCCUUGGCUUCUUCAGCAUCUUCUACAGGGUCUAACACAAAUCGCCAUCGUCAUCAUUCUGAACUUGGUGACGACCCACUUGCAAGUCAAAAUCGCGGCUAUAGUCGAUAGGGAAGUCAUAUACGGACAGACCUCUCCAACGCCUCAGAGAUCCGUCAGGGCGUCGCACUGCAUUCCGGUCUACUUGUUUGCGGAACCCAGGUCCUCGUCCGAAUGA